AAGUGGUCAUCGUGUUCUCUCAAAAAAGCAGGAAUUUGCGGUUUCUGGGGGUGGCGUCGAUCCGCUCCGACACCACAGUUGUCCGCGAGGUUCAAGCUUCUCGAUCGAAACCCUAGUUUUCCUCUCAUGUACGCCCGUUCUUCUUCUCUCAUCGGAUCUCAUGGCAUCGAAGCGUAUAUUGAAGGAGCUCAAGGAUUUGCAGAAGGAUCCUCCGACAUCUUGCAGUGCUGGUCCUGUUGCGGAAGACAUGUUUCAUUGGCAAGCAACUAUUAUGGGCCCUCCUGAUAGCCCAUAUGCAGGAGGUGUUUUUCUUGUUAGCAUUCAUUUCCCCCCUGAUUAUCCCUUCAAGCCACCUAAGGUAGCAUUUAGGACAAAGGUCUUUCACCCAAACAUCAAUAGCAAUGGAAGCAUUUGUUUGGAUAUCCUUAAAGAACAAUGGAGCCCAGCUCUUACUAUCUCAAAGGUCUUGCUCUCUAUCUGCUCCUUGCUGACGGACCCAAAUCCUGAUGAUCCACUUGUACCGGAGAUUGCUCACAUGUACAAGUCUGAUCGGAACAAGUACGAGACAACUGCUCGGAGCUGGACACAGAAAUAUGCCAUGGGAUGAGGGUAUAACCCAAGGAAUGACUUUGAAAGAUGUGUAAAACCAUAGUGUUUCUGUUUGUCAUACAAAGAAACAAUGUUUGAUAUGAAAUAUCCUUUGGCACUUCCUCUCUGUGAAAUUGACUUGUGUAAGUCUUGAUGAGGGGGGAAUUUACUGUACUAAUAGGAUGUUGUGGUUGUUUCCAUAGUUUCCUGGUGAUGCUUCUGUUUAAAGUUUAUCCAUUCUUGCAUAGUUUGAGAUA